CAAGCGCGCACGCGCACAUCCUUUCCCCCUCCCUUGUCUGUGGUAAACAGAGUGCCGCCGAAGCGGCCGACUGGGAGGCAGGCAGGCGCCUCCUGUGUGGCGAACGACUUAGUUCUUGGGGGACGGGAGCGCGGGCAGGCCGGGGUUUACGGGGUUCGAGAGCGUGUUAGGCCCUGAGGCGGACGGUACCCCUGACAGCGAGGAGGAGAAGGGAGCGUGGGCCGUACCAUUCGGCAGGCAAGGCGGGGGGGGGAGGAAAUAAUUGCUUCGCUCGGCCCUGAGGAGACGGACGUGCGGGAGGUGAUGUGGCGGCGCUGAGAGAGUUUGGGCGGGCACGGCCGGCAGGCGAGCCGAAGCGGCGCCAUCAUGGCGGAGCCGGUCGGGAGCCCCCCAGCGGCCGAGCCGCCGCCGUCAGUGGCGGCCUUGGACCCGGAGUUCCCCCCUCAGAGCCGGCCGCGCUCCUGCACUUGGCCGCUGCCCCGGCCGGAGUUGGUGGCGGCCGAGAGCGAGCCUGGCGGAGGCGGAGGAGCGGGCCUGGGCAGCCCUGAGGAGCCCGCCGGCGCUGCUGUUGCGGCGGCGGCGGCCCCGGGAGGCGGCUCUGGCGGGGCACGCAAGAGCGGCGGCGGUUCCGGCGGGGCACGGCGGAACGCCUGGGGCAGCCAGUCCUACGCCGACCUCAUCAGCCAGGCCAUCGAGAGCGCCCCGGACAAGCGCCUGACGCUGGCGCAGAUUUACGAGUGGAUGGUCCGCUCCGUGCCUUACUUCCGCGACAAGGGCGACAGCAACAGCUCCGCCGGCUGGAAGAACUCCAUCCGACAUAACCUCUCUCUGCAUAGCAAGUUCAUUAAAGUGCACAAUGAAGCUACAGGGAAGAGCUCUUGGUGGAUGCUCAAUCCAGAAGGGGGCAAAAGUGGAAAAGCUCCACGGAGGAGAGCGGCCUCCAUGGACAACAGCAGCAAGCUGGCCAAGGCCCGAGCGAAAACCACCAGGAAGAAGACACCUGUGCCAGUGGCUCCAGAAUCUACUGCUGACAGCCCCGGCUCCCAGUACUCCAAGUGGCCUGGCAGCCCUUCUUCCAGGAGCAACGAGGACUCUGAUGUGUGGACCAGUAUCCGGCCUCGGACCAGUUCCAAUGCCAGUACCAUCAGUGCAAGGCUUUCUCCGAUCCUGACCGAGCAGGAUGACCUUGCUGAUGAGGAGCUCCUCCCCUCCCUCGUCUACUCCAGUGCACCCAGCAAUGUCCCGCCCACAGUGACAGAGGAGCUGGAACUCAUCGAUGGCCUGAACCUGAUGUCACCCAGUUCCUCCUUGUUGCCGACUCAGCAGCCUGCCUCAAGCAACCUGGCACAGAGAAAUCCUGGCUUUUCCUUGCGAGGCCAGAGCUCAGCUGCUCAGGCACCCUCGUUUGGCAGCUCUCUCUUCAACCCUGUUGAUAUCUCUCUGCACAGCUCCGCUGGCCAUUUCUCUGGCCCACAGACCCUUGAAGCCCUCCUGACAUCCAACUCUCCACCGCCCAGUGAUGUGAUGAUGACUCAAGUGGAUCCGAUCCUUCCACAGAGUGGAGGCAGGUCGAACAGCCAGACUUUUCUGCUUUUGGGGGAGCAGUCCUCCAAAACCAAGAUGAGCCCGGUUAACCUGAUCAGAAAGCCUUCGGAGCAGCAAGAGUCAGUUGGUGCCACAUCCUUGCCAUCUGCAUUUUCAAUGGCAUCUCCUCAGAAUACAGUCAACCUGUCCACUUUGAAGGCAUCGGGCUCAGCGCAGUCUGCCCAGGUGGCCCAGCUGGGCAUCCAGCCAUCUCUGGCUGCAGCCACGUUUCCCCCCUUUGGAGGGAAUCAGGAUAGGUUGCCGAAUGACUUGGAUGUUGACAUAUACAUGGAGAAUCUCGAGUGUGAUGUGGAUUACAUAAUCAACACCGACCUCAUGGAUGGAGAAGGACUGGACUUCAAUUUUGAGGCCAUUCCGUCUGCUCCCAGCUACCCCAGCACAUCACAGGCCUCCAACCAUACUUGGGUACCAAGUUAACUUCAGGAUUGACAAAGUGCCCUUCUGGUUCUGGAGUGUUGCGCUCCCAGAAGAGUCUGGAAUGCAAGGAGCACCUGCCGUCUGUCUCACUGCUGUGCAAGCCAGCUGGAAGCAAGGGGCAAACAGCGACUGGAAGAGAGAGAUCCCAUUAAGUGCCACAUCUUUUCCUGAGCCUACCGCAAGCCCCACCCAGGCCUCUGUGCAGGAGCCCGUGAAGAGCCCCAGGAAGCGCUCCACCACCCAUGGCCAAAGACUCUUCCUGCCCUACAGAAGCCUCCUCCAAAUGGAUGGGGUUUGGGCCCAGCUGUCAUAGGUGAAGGGGCUGUUUGAAGGGGCCGCCUCGUGUUGACAUCGCCCCUCCAGCUGAUCUUUGCUUCAUCCCUCCUUUGACUUGACACCCUGAGGAUGGGGUGGGAAGAUGGUCUUACGAAUCGAAUCGUGGCUUAACUGAGUUGAGAAGCCCCUCCCCCUAGCAUUUUUUUUGAUCCUUUUCUGAUGUGAGCAAGUGCUGGUGGGGGAGGCCGAGGGAAGGAAAGUUGUCCUGUUUGAGUGUGGGGAGAGGCCGUAGAGCUCUUUCUUGACUGUACCGACCUACAGGCCCCUUGCGGAAGCAAAAGCCGGGCCUUGUGAAGCCCCCACCUGUGUGGUCAUUGGUAGCAGUUCCCUGUAAUGGCGACUGCCCCGAAGCAGGCCAGCAGGUGCUAAAAGCUGUUGCUAAGCAAACCAAAACAACUUCUCUUUGGGUUCCUUUCUGGGCUGUUGUGUUACAACAGAGAAAUGGGAAACCCAGAUCUGGCCUUAACCAGAGCCCUGAUUGGUGUUCAUGCGUUUUUCCUUCUUUUUCUAAUCCAGAAGGGCAUUUUUUACAAAUGAACUAUUUUGGAGGUUGCUUUUUUUUUACACUAAUCUGCAUAGAGGGCGGGGUUUUCUGUAGCAUUCAAACUACAUUAUAAGUGUCUCUGUAUUCGGAGUGCCUUUCCCUCUCUCUAAGAUGGCCCUGGCAGUAGCUGUUGCUUUUCCAAGUUGCAUCAAGAACAACGUGGCAACUUCUUGGGUGCGUUAGCGGGGGGGGGGAGGAGAAGGGCACCCAGCCAGCCUUGUUCUUUGGAACUGGGGCAGGUGACAGAGUUGUACAUUAUAGAUAAUUACCUGUAAAGCUAGCAGCAGAUUAACUAGAAGCUUUUGUAAACCUGGGGGGGGGAGGGGAUAGAAACUGUCUAUAUUUUCAUGGAGAAUUCUCUGAAAUUAUAGGCUAAAAGUGCAGCCCAUUUCCUUGCAGCUUUAUACCUUUUUGAUACCAGCCAGAACACUAAUGCACAUGUGGCUGGGAACUGGUCUGAAGAUGGGAUUAGGGGAAAGUGCGUCUGCUUGGGGUGGGAGGAUGGAAAAGAGGUUAAAGAUGACGCGGAGGGGCCCCCCUUUCAACCGUGUGCUUUCAGCAGCUAAUUAUGAAUGGCCAGCAGGACAUGCUGGGGCCUGUCUAAGCCUUGGACAGCUGGGUCACAGCUGCCACCUCCGAAUCCUUGUGAGCCCUUGACCUCUUUGUGCAGAAUGCUGGCAGAAGGAGGGGCUGGCUCAGGCCCUCCUUGCUCAGCAACUGUAACCGCUUGGUUGUGAGGCGGGUGCUGGGUCUGCUUGGAGUCAGCCUUUGCUGCUGAGCCUAGUAGGCAGAGCAAAGAGAAAAUCUAGGAUUUGAGGGGUUGGGGAAUCUCUUUAUUGCUAUUGGAAAAAUAUCUUGGAAGUCAGAAAAACUCCAAAGGUGAUCUAGGAGCUCCCUGUCAGGACUAGACUGUUCGGGAUGUGAGGAAUGGAGAGCAUGGGUGAACUCCCAUCCUGCAUUGCCCCCAUCAACAAGGGGGUGACAGUUUGAGGCUUUCCUUCCUGCCCUGGGUGUGCUUGGAGUUUCACUAGCGCUAUUGGAGAUGGAGACAAGAUGAGGCUUCAGCCUUUGGAAGCCAGGCCAAACACUAGCUGGAAGAGCAAAUAGCAGAAGCCAGUUAGUUUCUACAAACUCUCUUCCAGAGCCUGCCUUGGGGCUCGCAAAGAUCCUUAGUGGUGGCUGGGCAGGGAGAGUGCAUUGUGAGGCGCAUGUGGGGAAUGUGUCAUCCAGGGAGGCAUGACUUGCAGGAAGGGAGACAGCCCAGAUGCCUCCCCCUGCUUGCAACAGCAGCCUUGGUACUCCUGGCACGGCCUUGAGCAAGCCACUAUAGGUGUGUCCAUGUUCAGACCAGGCUGUGUGGCUUGGAACAAUACUGUUGGCUUCUCCCAGCACACGUGUGCCAUGUGAGGCAGCAGUGGUAUGGCUAGCAGCGAGAGGAGCCAACAUUGUUGAGAGGUUGGUAGAGCCUUCCAGUGCAAACAUCCUGCUGCUUUCUGAAGACAAAUGCUACUUUAACAGCAGGAACUAAUCCGCUCCAGAAUUGGCUGCUCAGGGAGAUCCCCUGCUUUCCUUUGCAUGGUGGGGUGGUAUGCCCCAGCCAGGUCAGGCUCAGGGGGAAGUGAGAGUCACUGUGGCCCUGAGGGCUGGUAUUUGGCUACCUUGAGCUAGACUACCAAGAAGAUGCAGAUGUGAAGCCACAUCUUGUAACGUAGGGUUAGUUUGUUCAAUAAUGCUUCCCAGCCCUCUGGUUCCAUACUCACAGCGAUACCUAACAUGAGCAGUGUCAAAGCCUUGGGGCCGUUCUGAUUCAAAGGACUGCUUUAGCUGUGCUUUAGCUGUCUACAGUAGGUGAAGGAUGAACUGAUCUGCAUCACAUGAUGGGGAGCUUGCUCACCCCCCCUUGCUUGUCUUUCUGUACCCAGCUGCUGUGGAGUACCCUGAAUAGGAGGGGGGGUCUUGCUGCCUUGGAGCAAGCAAAGAUGAAGGCAACAGGGAGGGGGUGCAGGGACAACUCUGUCAGCAGAAUGUGCCCCUCUUAGGUUCUCUGGGAGUCCUGCCAAGGUGGUUUGCGCUGUAGACAGUGGGGACUCAGGAGCAGCUGGGAGGAAGCUACUUGUUGGAGCUUUGUGUGUGUUUCAUGGUAGGGCUGUUGAGGCUUCCUUUCCACAGAAGGAAUCUCUAGACACAAGAAGUGACCUCAGGCUGGCCUCGUUCUAGGGCAGUGUUGUGGAGGGCCCUGCGGGCAUAGAGGUCAUGUGCAGUGUGUGAAUAUUCUCCUUUGACUGCUGCCCUGCUCUGGUGGGGUUGGUGGUUUGAAGGGUGCUGGUUUGGAUAGACUUGGUCCUGUUUCUCCUGAGGAAUUGAUUCACACAUCCCAUGCUCUACUUUAAUGUUGUCCCCUGUAGCAAUAGUCUUUCUUCUUCCAGGGCUUUCCAGGGUUCCCCUUCUCACUGCCCCCCCCCGGCUAGAGAGACUGUGUGGAAUGUGCUGGAGGUCAAAAUGUGACAAAUAAAUCUCUAUAAUCCUC